AUGGAGACCAUUAUAUUAGAAAGACUUUCAGAGAACAUCGCCUUAAUAACACUGAACAGACCAAAAAUCCUGAAUGCUAUGAGUAAAAAGAUGUUCGAAGAGUUAUCAAACACCAUGAACCAACUUUCAGAAGACCCUGAUAUCCGAUGCAUUAUCCUUAAUGCCAAUGGUAGAGCCUUUUGUGCAGGGAUCGACAUUAAUUAUUUAAGAGAUUUCUUUGAAGACACCAAAAGAGCUGAUACCGGCAGAACUGGGAUCCAAAUAAGAGAAAAACUCAAAAUCUUGCAGAGCCAUGUGACGUCAUUAGAAAGAUGCACAAAACCAGUCAUAGCUGUGACUCAUGGACUAUGCUUAGGUGCAGGGCUAGAUCUAAUAACAGCUUGCGAUAUCAGAAUUUGUUCAGCAGACACAAUUGUUGGGGUUAGAGAAACUCGCAUUGGGAUGGCAGCUGAUAUAGGGACUUUACAGAGACUGCAAAAGGUGGUAGGAAAUCAGUCGUGGGUGAGAGAAAUGGCUUUUACAGGAAAAGACGUAAAAGCUGUAGAAGCUACAGGCCAUGGGCUGUUUUCUAGGUGCCUUGAAAAUAAAGAAAAAGCGUUAGAGGCUGCAAAAGAGCUUGCCAAUGAAAUAGAUACUAUGAUUAUUUAUUAAAAUUUAAAGUGUUUUCUAAAGGAUGAUUUAGGCAUGUGCAGGCCUACCCUUUAACUCUCAGCAGCCAUUUUCUGCAAGUAUUCCAAAAAGCCCACAGACAGAAAGUCUUCACUGGUCUCGUUUAACCUCUCCAGUUAGUGCUUACUCCCCCCCCCCCCCUCCGUGAGCGAACAAAAAAAUUUUGUUCGCUCACGGAGGGGGGUUUAUUUUUUUUUUUUUUAAAAAAAAAUUUAUAUAUAAAUUUUAUAAAAAAUAUUUUUUUCGAAAUUUAAAAAAAUCCUAAUUUGCAAAAAUUGGGAAGCAAAUAUUAAUUUAAUUUGCAAAAUUUAUGUUUUAAAAACGCAAUUUGUUUAAAAUUAAACAGAAUUAGCUCUAGAUUUCAUUAUACUAAUUAUCACUUAUAUAUCAAAAUUUUUUUCCAUUAAAUUUUUUCUAUUAAAAAAAUUUUUGUUCACUCACGGAGGGUGGGUUUUUUGGUCAAAAAAUGGCGAUUUUUUCUAAUGGUUUUGUUCGCUCACGGAGGGGGGGGGGGGAGUUAGGCUUAAAAUUACCUUCUUAGGUGCGUCAGGCAGGAAAACAUAUGCCAAUCUCUUUCCCACUAAAUUACCCUAUGUGGUAAUCCAUAUUGGCAUUGUAUCUGAAGGUGCACUUAGAAAGCUGAACCUAUAAUAAUAAAUAUCGAGAAGGAGGAAUAGCAAGUUCUCUAACUCCCCCCCCUCGAAGUUCGACCAAGAUAUAGGGAAAAUUCCUAUUUUUUUUGGAAAAUUAACCCCCCUCAAAGUUCGACCAAGACCUAUAUAAAUUUGCUAGGAAAAUAAUUUUUCAAAAUUUUAAACUAUGUGGGGUGAGCUUGCGAUUUUUGUAUUCAAGUUCUAAAAAAGCGUUACAAAACCAUCUUGCACUAUUUUUUCUAACCCUUACACCCUCUCAACCAUACAGAAGAAUAUGAUAAAUAUUUUUUUUUUUUAACUACUAAAUUAUAUAAAAAAAUUCUAUAUAAUUUUUUUUUAAAAAAAUUUUUCUUAACCCCCCUCGAAGUUCGACCAAGAUUUUUUUUGGUCGAACUUCGAGGGGGGGAGUAAGUAGCCAUUUUAUUAUCAUUCCAACGAAAUUUGCAGCUAAAAGUCCAGUAGCUUUGGUUGCUGCUAAAACUUCAUUGAUUUUUUCAAGAGAUCACUCAGUUAAUGAAGGGCUAGACCACAUCGCUAAUUAUAAUGCUUCUGCUUUACAAACUGAAGAUCUAGCAAGAGCUAUUAUGGCAACUAUGCAGAAAACUAAGCCAGUCUUUCCAAAAUUAUAG